AUGGUUGAUGAUAUUAAAACUGCUGAUCCUAGUAAUGCGUUAGUCAAAUUUGCUGACGAUUUGGCGUUAGGAGUGCCUGGCAACGAAAGUGGUGACACAUCUCGAUCUGAAGCUGCCUGUUUACAGGAUUGGGCGGAAGAGAAUAGAAUGCCCUUAAACUUGGAAAAAACGUACGAAAUGGUUGUUCGCAGACACACCUCUGUAGUUUUGUCCGAGCUUAUCCCUUCACUGAUUAAGCGAAAAACAUGGCUAAAGCUUUUAGGAGUUACUCUACAAGAUAACCCGUGCAACUGGGAUUUGCACUUUGAAGAAAUGCUCAAAAAAGCAAGUGGACGAAUAUACAUUAUGAGAGUUUGCAAAUACUAUGGACUAUCAAUUAAACAAUUAGAUCUGCUGUUUGAUAGCCUAAUUAUGUCGAUAUUCACUUUUGCUAUUGAGCUGUGGGGUUGUGCAUACGACGGUAAAUAUUUGAACCAAAUAGAUAAAUUCAUUAAACGUGCACAUAAGAAUGGUUAUAUAUCAAAACGAACACACAUUAAAGAAAUACGUGAUAAGAGAGAUAAGAAACUGUGGAACAAAAUAACAUCAACUGAGGACAAUGCAUUGCUUGAACUGCUGCCGGAAAAAAGUAGGUUACUUAGGCCUAGAGGGCAUGAGUAUGAACUCCCCCUAGUGAGAACAGAAAGAUCAAAAAGGUCGUUCAUAAAUCGUUGUCUGUAUAACUUUGUUUAGACUUUAAUCUAUUAAAAACUUUUUAAAACUUUUUACGCUUCUUAACUUACAAUUGUAAAUAUAACUAGAUCAAUUACCUUUCGAUUGUAAACUCAGACGGAUGUAUCUGAGUAUUUUAAUAAAGACUAUUAUUAUUAUUAUUAUUAUAUCGAUAACGCGCGGAGGCCUGAACGCGGAUGAAUGAUGCGUCCGACUAUCAAUGAGGAGUCCGACUGUCUACGGAAAAAAAAUUUGCGUCGCCGCCAACGAUCUUAAUUAUAAGCCAGAAUCACGAUGGAUAAAUGGUUCAGAUUUCCUAAAGUCCGAUAAGUCAGAGUGGCCCAUCGAUGACAUUCCUGGCCCACCUUCUCCAACCGCCCAGAGGGAGAUGAAGAAGAAAGUGGAGCAAAGGUGGUUGUGCCAAAGCUUCUUGAAUUCUUCCAAUUGGCUCAAGCUUGUUCGCGUUACAGCAUGGGUCCUGCGGUUCUGUCAUAACCUGCGUAAGAAAGAUUGGCGGAACGCGGAAGUUCUAAGUGUCGAAGAAUUGGAGGAAGCUGAGCUGUAUUGGAUCAAGUCUGCACAACAAGAUCGUUUUCGAGUUGAAAUCGAGUCAUUGUGGAAAGGUCGUUCUGCCGCGCAAGCUAAUCGGAUCGCAGAUCUUAAUCCACAGUUGUUGAAUGGAAUCUUACGCGUUGGAGGACGUAUUGACAAAGCCGAACUGCCGUGGGAAGCAAAGCAUCCUAUCAUAUUAGAUGACAAUCAGACGAGUGAUGUCGUGCCCGUGAUCCAUUACCAUCGGAAGCUGAUCCACGCCGGAGUUGAGCACGUAUUCAACCAUAUACGUGAGAAGUAUUGGAUUCUACGCGGCCGUUCGGAAGUCAAGAAUUGCACCGUCAAAUGCCCAUUAUGUCACCGACGUCGCAUCCAACCCCUCACACAGAGAAUGAGCAGCCUACCAUCUACACGCCUUGCCAGUGUUAGUGUCCCGUUCCAGAAUGUCGGACUGGAUUACGCCGCACUAUUUUCUGUCCGUAUUGGUCGUAACCGAAUCGAGAAGCGUUACAUUUACCUGUUUACGUGUAUGCACAUGCGUGCCGUACACCUAGAAGUAGCCCACAGCCUCGAGGGAAACUUGUUCAUAAUGGCCUUACGACGUUUCCUAGCUCGGCGUGGGAACCCGGCCCGCAUUUUGAGCGACAACGGUACCAAUUUCGUCGGCGCCGAACGUGAGUUACGAGAAUCCUUGAAAUCGAUCAAAAACGAGUCGCCGACGAACUUAGUGCACGAGGCGUACAGUGGAUUUUCAUUCCACCCGUGCUGCUCCCUGGUUUGGUGGAGCUCAAGUCCACAAAAAGAGCCAUGAAAGCGAUUAUGAGUAACGUCGUCACGGUGGACGAAGUUUUUCUUACAGUAAUCGCGGAAGUCGAAUCUCUUCUAAAUUCUCGGCCACUUGUGUACGGAAGAAGCAGCACGUCAGCGACAGAUGUGAGUGUUCUAACGCCGAAUCAUUUUUUCCACAGCCGCGCAAGUGCUAAUCUAACACCGGGCGAAUUCGUCAAGCGAGAUAUGUCUUUACGUCGUCGAUGGAGAUACAGCCAGUUUCUAGCCGACCAGUUCUGGCGACGGUGGAGGCAGGAGUAUGUGCCGCAUUUGAUUAAACGCAGCAAAUGGCGUACGAUACAGCGAAAUCUUCGGCGAGGAGAUCUAGUACUUAUCGUGGAGGGCAACGUUCCGAGAGGUCAGUGGCGUCUAGGACGGGUUGCAGCGCCGAUCGCAAGUGCGGACGGACUCGUGAGGUUAGCUGAAAUUGUGACGAAAGCCGGAACCUACGUUCGUCCAGUUGGAAAAUUAGCGUUGCUGGAAGCCCAUCACGAAGAAGA